CACACACUCGUCCAACACUGAGCCCCACCGCCCCUCCUUCAUCGUGUCUGUAUCCACCCACCACUUGCUGACGACUACGGCAACACCCCUCGUGUCUUUCAACACAUCCAGCCUCCUGCAAAGUCUGUCCUGCUUAUACCAUAUCCUCGAAUACACUUCCGAGCCGUGCCGCCUCCACCCGGCAAUACAUUACCAGCCGGCAAUUGCUCUCGCGUCCAUCCUAGAUCCUCCUAGUAUCCAAGACUGAGCAUCCGUAACCCCACGACGAAUGUUCAAAAACCAUCACAGCAGCAGCAAAAAGCAGCCUUCUCCGCCCAAAGCCUCGGCAGACCUGACAGAGGCCGAGAUCCUUACUGCCACUUCUCGCGCACAGCCGAACCGGAAUCCUACGGCCACUCCUCUGAAUCCGCAUCAAGCCGGCGGGACAGCUACGUCCAGCGACGAGGACGAAGGGGAAAAGAAGGGCAAGAGAGCCACUUCGAGUAGCAGUAAGGAAAGAUCACCGAGAGGCCUCGGACACCUCUUGAACCGCAAGGAUAGCGGUCAGCGCAGAGAAAAGGUCAAGAUGGUUGGGCAACACCUGCAGGAUCACCUGCAUAGCGCAUUCAAGAGUUGGUUCAGAGAGACCGAAAGCGAUGGUUCGCCAGUCUUGCCGUCACCCCUCUCGAAAAAGUACGCCGUGACCGGAAAGAUUCUUGGCCAAGGCUCAUUUGCCGUUGUGAAAGCCGUCACAGAAAAGUCAACUGGAACCGAGCGAGCUCUGAAGAUCAUUGCGAAGAAGCCUCUCAAGGAGAACAGCGAGAAGAUGCUGAAGGAUGAGAUCAAGAUUCUCAAUACAGUGGAGCACCCGCACGUCAUCAAGAUGUGGGAUCUCUACGAGACGAAAGAAGGUGUCUUCAUCGUUACGGAUCUAUGUCGAGGCGGCGAGCUCUUCGAUCGCCUCGUGGAAAAGGUGCACUAUAAUGAGCUCGAUGCUAGACAUAUCGUGAAGCAGAUCUUUGAAGGUGUCAAGUACCUCCACAGCCACGACAUCAUUCAUCGAGACCUUAAGCCCGAGAACAUCCUGCUGAGAGACAAGGAAGAGCCCAGCAACAUUGUCAUCUCAGAUUUUGGCCUAUCUCGAUUCAUCCCGGAGGAAGGUCUCCUCAUGACCGCGUGUGGCAGUCCGCAAUACGUCUCUCCCGAGGUCCUCCUCGGUCGUGGCUACGGGCCAGCAGUGGACAUCUGGUCCAGUGGCGUCAUUGCAUACUGCCUGCUCGCGGGAUAUACGCCCUUCUACGGUGAAGAUCAGCCCACGCUGUUCAAGGAGAUUGUCAAGAUGAAUGUGGAAUUCGAGCCCCAAUACUGGUCAGACAUCAGCGACACAGCCAAGGACUUUAUUCUCAAGUGUCUUUGCCCUGCCAAGGAACGUAUGACCGCUGCAGAUGGUCUUAAACAUCCUUGGCUCGCCGACUUGCCGCCACCUCACGCAGAAGAACACCGAGGAGCUUGCCUGAAGGAGAGCGCCAAGAAGCACAUGACUGCGAAGCAGAAGCUCGCCAACGCUGUCACUGCCGUCGAGGCCAUCAGCUAUCUACAGCGUCUUCACGUUCUACGCCAGGAGCAUUCCGAGGACCUCUCGCCGGAUCAGCUGUCGAAGCUGCUGGGAGCGGCAGAGCACCUCCGUUCGACUACUGAGCCGAUGUUGGGCAAGAGCAGCGACGACGAAGAGGACGGCAAGGGUUCUCCCGAGCAGAAAGGCAUGUCGAAGUCUGUCACAGGAGACACAGCUGCCGACCUCGCUGCUCAAAGGAGAAGGAGAAACGACUCCGGCAUGUCCAUCGAUCUCGUUGUCAUGCCUUCUUUCGGUGAUCGUGGUGGUCGUAGUGGAGAGGACGGUGGCGCUGGCAGCGGCGCCGGAAAUGAGGGUGUACCGGACAGGGGCAAACCUGGUACAGCUGCGAUGGCAGCAGAGAUCGAAGGGAGUGGAGGUGGACAGACUUCUGCUCCCCGGAAAGCAAUGAGAAGCAGCAGCUCCUCCUCGACUGUGCGUCCUGGGAGCCCCGGUGCCGCUAGCUCGAAUGAGUCGGAAGCUACUGCCAUGCCCACCAACGACGGAGCAGCCGGCGCCAAGACUAAGAUCCAGCCGGCGGCUCAGAAGAAGAGAAGCUCUGGAAGCGGCUUUCAGUCGGCUCUGACGAAUCUACUGGAUCAGUACAGGGGAGACUCGGUACCUGAAACAGCUCGGACGGACAUGUCGGCUCAGCCAAAAACGGCUGAACCAAUGACGCUGACAAAGGCAUGGCAAUACGUCCCGUUCUUGCUCAGCCAAGGGUAUUCGAUUGGAUCCGCUGUCGCCUCUCACGCCCUCUACGGCCCGCCAAAGAAGUCAUGGGGUAUUGAGAUGACUAUCUUCACAAGACUUCUCCGCGAAACAUCGUCGUACACCCAGUUCGCCACGGUGGAUGGCAUGCAGAGAUUCUUUGAGCUAGCGUCCUUCCUGCCCGUCCCAAAGGACGGUCUCAUCACACCCGUCACCUUCCGCGUCAAGAAGCGCGGGCUCAAAGGCUUUCUCGCAGAAGCCGACGCUGCAGAGGACGGCAGUCGAGAGUUGACUGGCGAGUGGGUUGUGGGUAAACAGACGUGGCGGAGAUUGCAGGCAGAGUGGCGAGGCGGCAAAGCUAAAGGUACCGAGCGAGUCAUCCUCUACGUACAUGGCGGUGCCUACUUUGUCAUGUCGGCUGUCACUCACCGGCCCGUGACCAUCUCGCUCUCAAAGUAUACCGAGUGUCGGGUCUUUGCGAUGAACUAUCGCCUUGCACCCGGCGCCAAAUUCCCAGGUCAGCUCCACGAUGUCGUUGCCUCUUGGUUCCGACUCACCGACGACCUAGGCAUCCCGGCGGGCAACAUUGUCCUGGGUGCCGAUUCGGCCGGAGGUGGUUUGGCCCUCGCCUUGAUGUACUACUUGCGAGACAACAAGUAUCCCCUCCCUGCUGGAGCGAUCCUGUUCAGUCCGUGGGUGGAUCUGACGAUGUCUUGCGACUCGUGGGACACCAAUGCUCAGUACGACUAUCUAAGUGUACCGGCAAGCGACAACCACAUGAACCCCGUCCGGGCCUUCCUGGGGGACAACAUCGACAAAUACCUCACUCACCCCUACGCCAGUCCGAUCUACGGUGAUCUCCGAGGUCUUCCUCCCCUCUUGAUCCAGUGUGGAGAUGCCGAGGUCCUUCGAGACGAAGGAACUUUGCUGGCCCACAAGGCUUCCCUAGCCGGAGUCGCAGUCAGACACGAGCUCUACGAAGACUGCGUCCACGUCUUCCAAGCCUUCCUCUUCCUGGAUGCAUCUCGCAAGGCCUACCAGAGCGCACGACACUUUGUCCGUACCGCCCUGGACAAGAGCGGAAAGCGCAAGACUGAAGUGACCAGGGAUGCUCUGCUUCAGAUGGACAAGGAGAUGAGGGAGAACAUGGGCAAUUCGCGAGGAGAAAAGGUCGAGCCUCGCACUGGUGCUGCCCGUGGAGACUGGAAGGAAGGCAAGAGUGAGAGUGAUACGGAGGUUGGGUUUGGCAGAGUGGGCGGAUCCUCUCAAACACGGGCUGAUGACGGCGAUGACGAUGACGAUACGGAGCAGUGGGAGUUUGACGCCUCGGAUGCUGCCAAAGCGCAACCCGCGAAGCUCGCCGGGAAAGCCCUAGGUGUCAGCGACUCCUCGGUAACAGCUGCUGAGAACCGAGACCUGGGCCAGAGCCCCGGUCACAGUAAACCGCAGACUGCAAAGAUGUCAAGCUCCUCGUCCAGCAGACAUCGCCAUCAACUCUCGCAAGCUCAUCUUCCUCAAAGCGGCUCCUCACCCUCUUCGCCCACGGGGUCCAGCUCUUCGCACCACCUUCCCGUAUCGCUGGAGGAAGCUCGCCUCCGUGCACAGGCGGGAAUGCGAGCACAAGAGUCGGCCAAUGCGCCUCACCUAGCCGCCUUCCACGAGCCUACAGCAGGCAAUGUGACGAACAGCUUGCGACCCAAGAUUCGUCGCGGGCACAGCAGUGGCUCAGUCAUGAGUGCGAAGCCUUCGAUGUCCAGCGCCAGCUCCGCCAAUGCCGCCAACGGUGCCGAUUCGGCAAGCUCUGGCUCGUUCGAGGCUAGUUCGAAGAUGGUGGAGCUACUCAGGGAUUACGAGAGGAGCUAUGGAGGUGGGGCUGGUACUACAAAGCAAACAGAUGGGUCUGGGGCCGAGCAGGGUCAAGGUGACAAUGGCGCUACUGGCGGGUCGGGAUCUGAGGGCAAAGGGCGAGGACUGCUCCACACUCGCGUCUUCACUCCUGGCUCCUCGUAGCCCCGGCUAGGCACUUCGCUUCAUCACAUUGCCCCGUCUUGUCGACAUUUCCUUGCCGAUGGGUUCUCGUGCCCGCGGGGCAAUUCCAUUUACACCCUUCGCCCUUCCUUCCUUCCCUCCCUCACCCCCCUCCCUAUCCUUGCAUCUAGGUAUGUGAAGCAAGAAUUGAAUGAGCACUGCAUUGUCUCUGUAACCCUCCCACUGUGUCAAUCAUUACGGCCGAAAGAAUUCCU